CAAGUUCAGUUUGUGUGUAGCGCCGUGAGCUGUCGCGUCGGACGCUGAGAGCUCACGGCUGGAUGCGGAGCCAACUUCGGUGACAACAUUUACCAGCUGGACACCGUCGAGGGAACGCUAUUGGAAUAUAUUGUUCCUGUGGAAUGGAGAAGGGUCAUUACGAAGGGAUCGACCCUAACGACCUUAUUCAGUGGAUAAAUCCUGCUGGAUAAGCACACGCCCUCCUAUUGUCACGUCCCGCAAAAUGAUUUGAGUCCUCCUGCGUCUCCACUGUUCCAUGGCAACCUCUCGAAACAGCCUACGUCCUGUCAAAGUGAUAUCCUUCGGGCCCUUUGGGCAAGCAGAACAGAGCGUGUGGUGAGCAUGGCCAGCGAUUGGUCGCCUCGUCGUCUCUCUUCCUCUCUGUGUUGCCUCUGAAGGGCCCCCCCCCUCCCGCGAAUGGGCUGCACCCUGAGCAAAACCUUUUCGUCCCUGGUGCACAAGCGGAGUGCAACCAACGGGGGUGGAAGCAGCCCCAAUGGAGCCCCAGCGGGUGUUGGGGAACCCCCACCCCCACCGCCCCCAGAUCCACGCCAUCCGCUCACCGCCAGGCAGAUCUUCUCCAUUUCAAAGUCCUGGAAGGCCAUCGCCAGGGCCAUGGAGCCCACGGGCAUCGAGAUGUUCGUCAGACUAUUCCAGGAGAAGGAGGAUUUGCUGGACCUGUUUGAGAAAUUCCAAGAGCUGCGCACCAAGGAGUCUCAACGUGAGAGUAUGGAGCUGGCACAACAUGCCUCCAUCGUCAUGACCACUUUGGACGAGGGCAUCAACGCCCUCGACAACCUCGACUACUUCAUGGACUACCUGCACAACACGGGACGCUUCCACUAUAAGAUCAAGGGGUUCAAGAAAGAGUACUUUUGGCACAUUGAAGGCCCCUUUCUAGCCGCUGUGGCUGAGACCCUGGGUGACCGCUACACGGACAACAUUGCCAAUAUCUACCAGAUCACCAUCAAGUUCAUCUUGGAAACCCUAGUGGAAGGAUACGAACAAGCCGAAAAAGAAGGGGCAUAGCAGAUGCUACUCCGCGUCUCCGUUGUGUGUUUCGUCGUGAUGUCGAGGAAACCGUCCUUGUCAUCGCAUGCACAUCCAUUGUCCACUGUCUCGCUUCCUCACGAGAGUGCACUUUACGAGGUUUGUGGACGAAAUGAGAAAAAAAAAAAACGAGUUUCGUGAAGACGCUACAAUCGGAGGCAGUCGUCGUGAAGUGAGGUGUGUUCCUGGUGCACAUCAGCUAAGCCUCCUCGAAGCUUAAGCUAUUGUCAGCCGGGUGCUUUUGUGUCGUUUCUUCUUCUUGGAUCACAGACUCUGUUCUUGAGGUAAACAUACCGAGGAACUGUUGUUUUGUUUGUUUAACAUUUUACUUGCUGACGAUGCGUUGUCAGCCGGCACGAAAACUGCCACCAUUGAGGAGCUUGUAGGGCUUGCUGGCUUCGAGCUUGGCGCUUAAUUUUUCACGCCCCCUUUGAAGAGUGGGUCUUUCUUUGUUUCUCUGCAACCUGUACUUUGUAAGCACACAAGUGAGAUGUGACGUCGACUAGUCAGACACUAUUUGGUGGCCUCUCAUAUUAUAACCGUUAUAGUCCUCUGCCCAAAUUCUGGGCACUGUGGCGUAGCACUCUGAAGGCCGUCGGCUACGAGGACACUGCACAUGUUUUCUGGCAUGCUUUAUGAUGGCUUUCAUUAGGAUAGGGGACGCGGUAAUUGUAAUCGUGAACGUUAGCUGCAUUUCUGUAUGCAGAGAUCCCUGAUAGGUACAUCAUCACACCCUUUCAGGUGCCAAAACACAGUGCAGAGCAUUCGAUUUCUUUUUCUCUUUUCAUUUUUUUUUUAGGGUGUAUUUCAAACUACCCCAACAGCCGUUUUAUUCGCAUGCUACCUGGGCUGCCGAACAUCUUUUCUCAUCUGUUAACAUCAAAGGCUUCAGCAUCACAUAUACUGCCUUUUCAAGUCAUUCACGCUAUUUCUUGGGAGUGUCGACAUUGCCAUUUGAAGCACCCUCCAUACCUUAUUGAAUGUUCACUCUGCUUUUGUCUCCCUAUUCAAAUUUUGUCUGCACCUGGAUGUCGGUACGUUCUGUAUACUUUGCGAGGCAAUGCAUGAGCAUGAUGUGUAAAUCAAAGAAGGAAGCGAGAAAUAUUGAUGUUUGCUAUAGACAAUAAGACAGUAUGCUUGUCGAUCGUGGCUAAUAUAAGAAAAUAGUGGAGCUUCUACAACAGCACGAUACUGCCAGAACUUCGAGCAUUUAAGCAGCCUAUUAUUCUGUUGAAGAAGCUUCUCUACUACGCUACGCGAGGGUAUGAAAAGUUCCCCCAAGUGUUAUCUGGUGGUUCCCCGACUUCCCACGUUGUUAGCCCAUCUAUUAACGAAUAAUUGUGAUUGUACCGAUAGGCAUAUUUUAAUAUAUUAACGCGACUUCCACACUCGCAUUGUGGACUGCAAAAAUGCUUUUGCGCAGACAAUGUAGAAGUACAUAUUUUGUGCUGUCUUGUUCUGCCGAUGCCUUCUCUUAUUUUACAAGCGUUUUAACCUACUCGGCACGUCCUCCGUGUUUAAGGAAUCAUAAUGACGUAAAUAAGACUCUUGCAAACUGAUCCUGCAUACUUGUAUAUGUCUAAAAUGCUUUGAAGAUAUAUUUUGAACAAGCCUAUAGUGAGACAGCUCUGUCCACGCAUGUGAUAAUGUGACAGUUCGUGUUGCAGUGGUGUCUAUUGUGGGUGUGUGCAUUAAUUGGAAUGUCAGCCUAGAAGAUGUCUGCGUAUGCUAGUUUUAUAUCUGCCUUCAUCUCUAGGACAAAAUGUUACGGAGAUUUCCGUCGCUUAGAUUUAGCCCUCAUCCCAGUGUCGUCAUAUUUGCAUCUAUGGUUGCCGGGUUGUGUUCGAAGUGUUCGCCUGCACGCGUUGGUAUUACAUAUUUUUGAUAAAUAAGGAUGUACUGGCUUUUUAAAAUGUCUGGUGCUGAAAAAAACAACAUGGCACGAACUUCCGUUACAUAUUUCAAAUUAUCAUAUUAACCUUUUUAUAUAAUUAACGUAUUUCAAGUUAUAUGCCUUUUUCAAGAGAGUCACUAUAGUCAUGUUCAACCUAAGAAUGGCACGUUUCAGCCCCACCCUACACUUAUUCCUAUUGGCUGCAAGAGCCAGCCGCAUCACUCCAUGAUGACGAACAUCAACAAAGGAAGACUCAGAUACAAGGAACAACACAGGACAACUGCUGUGUGCGUCCUACUUUCCUGUAUAUGUAUCCUAUGUAUCUGCUUCUUGACUUUGCUGCUGUUUUCUUCAUCAUCAUGAAUCACCAACUAUCCCGACUUUUCUAUGUUAGCAUCAUUCCACGUCACAACAAGAAAGUGAGCCGACACCGAAUCAGUGGGAGCCCUAUAAGCUGCACCAGGUGGAGCUGCAGUACAAUUUCUCUCAGAGCUCCGAUUUCUCUAGCAGACUAACUUUGUUAGUAACUUGUCCCAUCCCACAGAUGGCAGUACAAACUCAGCUAGGGUAAACAGGCUACAUUUUGUGCCGUUCGUACGCUGAACACGGGAAUACGAAUACACAAUAGUAAUGGCAUCCAAUUACUUUUAGAAUGAGGAGUCAUCCGCUCGCAAGCGUCGUAACGUCCGUAAAGGAGGCAUCCCACCCCUUGAUUCUAGCAACCGUGCUUCUUGAUCCCCCAUAUUUCCUUUUUCUUUUUUCUUUCCCAGCAGAUCCACCACAAAAAUCUUCCAGGAUGACGACAUGCAGCCUAAAAAUGGUUAAUUAAUCGGGGCAUGAUUCUAACCAUUUUCAGGCAGGAGGUCUGAAGCAAGAAGUAGUGGUCAAUGUCAAACCAAAUGCAGGAAGCUUUUCGUUCUGCUUUCUGUUAAGGAAUUGGCUAAUUUGGACUGUCACACUGGUUGAUGUUUCUCAAAUGCUUCACAAGCCUACCUCCGCUGCACUUAUAUACCAAGUUCUCGUGCAUUGUAGCAUAUACGCUUGAUGUUUCAGUGUGUCACCUAACCCUACUGACAUUGUUGUAGUUUGGGGAGGCGAGCAUAGGUUUGGCUUAAGACAGUAUGUUUAGGGUAACCAAAUGCUGGGGCUAUCUCGCAAAAAAGGAACUUGCUCAUGUAGGCCCGAUAACGUACAUCGAGGCUGCACUUGGCUUAAAGUGCCACGAAGGAAUAAAAAGUGAUCUUUAUUUUAUUUCAUAUUACGAGUCAACCUCACUCAAAGUCUCAGUGUCCAAAAUAUAAAUGUUGUUAGCGAACAUUAUGCGCUUCUCGAAAUUUUCGAGACAGCCCACAAAGCUUCAUAGUUUCGGGUUCUCUAAAUUUGGUAAGAUUCGGGAGACACAGGAUUUAAUCCGUCGUGUCACUUUAAAGGGUAAAGGCAGUGUAGAUGAUCUUUGUCCAAGUACAACGCUUGAUGUGCACCCGGCGAAAGACGGCUGUGACAUACUGUUACCCCGUUCAUACUGGCACGCCAUACAAAUGUGUUAAUACACUUACAAGGACAUAUAUAUAUAUAUAUAUAUA